GUAAACCGGCUAUUUUCUUCAUUUCUAACGGAUUCCAUUGCUAAAAAUCUUAGAAGGCGAUUUAAAAAUUCGGUUUAUUAUAUUUCUUUGUUUUACUUUUAUUUUAAAGAAAAGUGCCAGCAUCCAUCCGCUCUUACAAUUUCUAUAGUUUACUAUUAAACGAACCGUCCUUAUCAAGUACAACACAUAAACAAACAAUCUAAUAUUAACAAAAAUGGCAUUUAAGCCUAUAGAUAGCAAACGCGAUGAAUAUCGCAGAUAUUUGGAGCGUGGCGGCGUUAUUGAAUCUCUAACUAAAGUGUUUGUUAACUUACUCAAAGAACGUCCAGAUAAUCCCACCGAGUAUUUGGCCCAAAAUUUGGGUGUUGUUCGGCUACAAGCCGACAAUGUCGCUUAUUUGCAAAAUGAGUUGGAGCAAGCACAAAAUGAAAUACAACGUCUUACUGAUAUUAUACGUAGCAUCGAUCCAGAACUUUUAAAUGAAAAUACAAAUAAUGCGGCUUUCGAAGUUGAAGUCGGUUUAAACGGUAACAAUGAACAUUUAGAUGAGGAACAGGAUUACGAAGGUGCAUCGGGUCCGUUACCAGCAGAUCGUGACGACAUUGAAAUGAAAGAAGUCCAAGAAUCCUUCACUAAUGUGCACAUAAAUGAGUCAUCAUCGGCAGAAGCUACGGCUGUAUCAAGUACCAAUACUGCUCAAUGAAAAGUAUACACACAAUCGCAAUAAGCUAUUUUAAUCACACCUUUCAAAUACGAUUUUUCUGCUAUGUAUGUUUCUAUUUCAAAUUAAAUAAAAGAAAAACUCCCCAUGAAGUAAA